UGUGGCAGUCACUCCCAUCCUCCCAGUGCGGGCUGACGCAGCGGGAGUGGAGGGUUUCCACUUUGUAGUGAUGGCGGCUGUGGGGAUGACAGAGUCGGAGAAGGAGGUAGAGGCGGAGGCGACGUGCUCUCAGGCAGAGCCCGCCGAGUUCCGCAAGCUCUCCGACAUCUUCGAGAGCGGUUGGAAACUGCACGAGGAGGCGGAGAGCAGCAACGAGCCGUCCAACUCGGACACUUUCCAGCGCAAAGUGCGGCGAGGGGUGGAGCUGUUGGAGCAGGCCACCCGAAUGGUGAACCAACUGGACCUCUUCAGUCGAAAUGAAGAGCUGGAAGAAAUAGCCACCGCAGACGUUAAGUAUCUGUUGUUGCCUGUAUUACUGGGAGCUCUCACAAUGAAGCUAGGGAAUUCUGCUAAGCGACUGGAGCAUGUUCAGAAGGCCCAAGUUUAUUACAUGGACUUCUUAAAGCGUUGCAAAGAUUAUAAUGUUAUGACAUUUGAAAUCCCUCAGAAAGUGGAGAAUAAAGAAGAGCAUAAUGAGGCAAGCGUCCCGAAUAGUCCUGGUGUCUGCAGUCAGUCCAGCUUACUCUCCAUGGCAACUAAAAGACAGGCUAAAAUUGAAAGGUAUAAUAUGAAGAAAGAAACUGAAGCCCAAUUAAAGGAGAUUAAAUCCAUUAUCUGCAGCGGAAAGGCAGACGAUGAGCAGACAAGAAAAUUUUAUCUAUUGAAUUUGCAGCGAUGGAUAAGCACAAGUCUAGAAGAGAUUGAGAGUAUAGAGCAAGAAAUUCAAAUUUUAAAAAGAAUGGAGGGAACAAAACGGCCCCAGGCUACUCGACCACAAAGACCUCCAAUGCAACCUUUUAUCCUUACUCAAGAUGCAGUCCAAGCCAAGGUGUUUGGUGCUGGUUACCCAAGCCUUCCUACUAUGACUGUUGAUGAUUGGUAUGAGCAACAUAAGAAACAGGGUGUUCUGCCUGAUCAGGGAAUUCCAAGAAGCCAUCCAGGUGAUGAGGAAAAUCAAGAUCAAGAAACAGAGAAUGAUAAUGAGGCUGACGAUGAACAGGCCUUGAAAAUCGCACGUGAUAAGGAUGACUGGAAGGACACACGUAGACGUGGAUAUGGCAACAGGCAGAAUAUGGGCUAGCCUUUCUACUUGAGUUGCACUUCAAAUAUCACUGCUCACUUUGGAGCCUUUGAAAGUGCACUGAGAGUCGGAUCCUGCACCAAACUGAGAUGGAUUUGUCAACCAUGCAGAGUAUAUCCCCCUCUCUCUGGCUGUGAGAAUUUCAUUGGUUUCUGAGUUGUCAGCAAUUGCAUUAUUGCUGGUAUCUUUUAAAAAAAAUAUUUUCAGUGACAGUAUUGUGAUGCUUAGCUGAAAGCAAAGUGAGGCACUUGUUGGUGUAUGCCAUUUAAAACUUGCAUUUUCUCAGUGUAUGGUAAGAUAAUAAAUGGAGGAAUCGCUUUGGGAGUGAGAAAAGAUGUUCGUGGCAUCAAUGUGUAGUUGCCACCUAUUGAGUAAUCUACAAAAGUAAUUGCCUUAGCGGAGUUCUUCUGAGUUGCAAUUAUAUAUAAUUACAGUAAAAUUUCUGAAUGUAAUAUUAAGCAACAUCUGCCAAAUUUAAAUUUAUAACUCCUGUGUUUUGAUUCCCAUUCUCCAAAUCAGGAGUUCUGAUUCCUUUGCCAACUUUCUUUAGUAGUGGUUAACAAACUAAAACUGCAACAGGUGAAUUCUGGAGCUGUAUUUAAUCCCUUAAAUUAACUAGUUUUUGUCACCUGAAUUCAUGUAACCUGUCUGUAUUCAAUUUAGUAUCUGUAGAAAAUGUUUUAAUGCUCUUUCAUAGUCCUUGGAAAUGACUUAGUAAAAAAAAAUUCCCAUGUUGUAAACCAUAAGUUGCAAAAUAAAAAUAAAACAUUCA